AUCUGAAAAUACAUUUUCUUCACGUACCAUUUUAUUCGAUAGAAAAAUGGAAUAAUAUGAAAGGGCAUCCUAAUCCGGAAAUAUUUAAAGCUGAUGAUAAAAGUUUAUCAGAUGAUAUAUCAACAAUCAACAAUUUCAUCGAUGAAUUGAAUGAAGUUACGGGUGGAUUUUCACCAAAAUUCAAUCAAGAUCUCGUUAGAAGCCGCAAAGCGAAGAACCGCAAAGGAAGAUACUCGCUGAAUUUUAACCUCUUAACGGAUGGCAUUCAUCCAUCUUCUAGAUUGGCGAAGUCGUGGUUGAAGUCAUUGUGUAGAGUUAUAGCGCGUGACUGUUUGUGAACAUCAGCAAUUGGUACAUUGUAUGCAGGCAGGGAUUGCCCAGCCACAUACGUUGUUCAUCUACAUAGUUGACUAUUUGAACUCUUUAAGUAUUUGUUGGAAUUCCAUUUUUGAAAUUUACGUUAAGUGUUAUUAGUGUGUAAUUCAUGCAAACAGUGUUAUACAGAUAACAAAGGCAUAUCUGUAUAUUUUUGUAGGCAGGGAAAGCCCAGCCACAUAUGUUUACUGAUACAGUGUAGGACUUUUCAUCACUUUGAUUUAAUAGCUUUAUUAAUAUUCAUUUUUGAAUAGUGCAUAUUGUGUUCUUUAGGGUUAAUAGCUUAUUCAUUUUUAAAUAGUGCAUAUUGUGUUCUUUAAGGUUAAUAGCUUAUUCAUCUUAAAAUAGUGUAUAUUGUGUUCUUUAAGGUUAAUAGCUUAUUCAUCUUAAAUUGUGCAUAUUGUGUUCUUUAGGGUUAAUAGCUUAUUCAUUUUUGAAUAUUGCAUAUUGUGUUCUUUAAGGUUUAUAACAGGUACAUAGAAAUGUAGGCAGGGAAAGCCCAGCCACACUUUUACAAUCAAUUCGUUAAUUGAAAUUAAUCAUUAAGUCAGUGUUCGCUUUUCAACAGGGGUUAAAUUUUCUGUUAAGAUUAGGGCAUUUAAUCAAAAUGUCUGAAGGUGAAUCAUUUGAUGGUAAUUUGGUGAAUAAUAAUGAAACUAAAACUCUGACUGACACUUUGGAAUUAUGCUCGAGUUCAAGGGAACGGAACUUAACAGAGAAAGGCAUGCAAUACCGAGCAGAAUUAAAUGAAAAGGCUUUCAAGUCGUGUAUAUCCGAUUGGCGUAGACAAUCUGUUCAGGUUUCUAUUACUAUUUCAGAUGUUUCUGAUGUUAAGGUAUUGCGCGAUGAAAGGUCAAAUCUUGAAAAUAGAUUUAAAGCAUUAUGCUCUUCUUUAGAAGCGUUAAAAGGUUUAAAUGGAAAUGUUGAAUUUUUAACAUCUUACAAUCAGUCAUUUGAAAAGAUAGAGAUGGAACAUCAGCAAAUUAUGUGUAGAAUUUCUGAGCGAAUUUCUGAACUCAGAGUAGACGAUGAUUUGCAUUCUGUGCGUUCUUCUAAAAGUAGUAAAUCGCACCGAUCACAUAAUUCUACCAGUAUUAAAUCGCACCGAUCAUAUAAUUCUACCAGUAGUAGACAUUCACAUCCAGCAGUUGAAGCAGCUGCUUUAAAAGCAAAAUUAAAAUACAUUGAUAUGGAAGCUAAGUCUCGGGCCCAUUUAGAAAAAAUUUCAACAAUCAAAAAGUUAGAAAUGGUUAAGGCAAGGUUAGAGACUUUAGAUAAUUUGUACGAAAAACAACACUUUGAUUUUGAGGAAGAACUGAAGCAACCAUUAUCAUUCAAAACUGAACAAGAUAGUACACAGUAUGUUCAAGAUUAUGUUGACACACAUUCGCACCUUUACAAUAAAAGCACUCCAGAUAAACAUCUGACUAGUCAAAUUUCAGAUACUGAAGGUCAUUCUAAAAUUGAAACUGGUCAUACCCCACCCACUCAUUCAAACCCUGCUGUUUUAUUAAAUCCUGCUGCAGAUUCCUUUAGGCCUAGAGAUUCAAUGCAAAACACUAUGCCAUCAAAUACUAUAGUUACUUCCCUUGAUAAAAAACUAGCUAUACCAGAAAUUUCGUCUUUGGAUGGUCAAGGUCAUGACAUCACAGGGAAUUAUAAGGUUUUGGCACCUGUUGAACAUGGUUUUGUAGAACUUGCAAAAUCUUUAGCUGAACAAGUUAGUUUAAAUAGAUUGCCCCCACCUGAACCUGGUAUAUUCUUUGGGGAUCCUUUGAAAUACCCUGCAUGGAAAGUUGCCUUUCAGACACUUGUUGAAGAACGUCAUAUUUCGUCUUCAGAAAAAAUUCAUUAUCUUAAGAGAUAUAUUGGUGGCCCAGUUAAAGAGGUGGUUGAGAACUACUUUCUGUUGACUUCUAGUGAUUCUUAUGAUGAGGCGAAAAGACUUCUUGAAGAGCGAUAUGGUGACCCCUUUAUCUUGGCUAAUGCGUUUCGUGACAAAUUAGAAAGAUGGCCCAAGGUAGCUGCGAGGGAUGGCCAAGGUCUUCGAAGGUUUUCAGAUUUUUUACGACAGUGUGAAACUGCGAUGCGUAGUAUUAGUAGUCUCAGUUGUCUUGAUGAUGAUAGAGAAAACAGAAAGUUGUUAGUAAAACUUCCAGAGUGGGUUGUAACACGUUGGAAUCGUUCUGUUGUUCAGUGGAAAGAUAGGUUUGGGUCAUUUCCUCCCUUUUCUGAGUUUGUAAAGUUUAUUGCUAGUGAGGCCAAGGUUGCAUGCGAUCCAGUGACAUCUUUGCAAUCUUUGAAAGGAGAUCAACAACGCUCUGAACCAGAUCAUUUAAAUAGGCGUUAUAAGCACGAAGAGUUGAGAAAGCCUGUCAGAAGUCAUUCUUAUUUGACUGAAACUAGGUCUAAGCCUCCUUCUAGUGUUUCACAAUCAGUUAAGGUUAUUUGUCAUUUCUGUAAAAGAAAUCAUGAUUUGGAUGAUUGCUUUCUUUUUCUUGCUAAGUCUAUAGAAGAAAGAAAGACCUUUGUAAAAGAGAAUAGUUUGUGCUUUUCUUGUUUCAAACCUGGUCAUAUUUCGAGGAACUGUAAACAGAGAAAACAAUGCAAAACUUGUUCAAAAUAUCACCCGUCUUCUCUACAUGGUGAUUUGCAGAAACAAAAUGUAGUUUCUAGUAGUUCAGUGGGCAAUACUAGUACCAAAUCAGUGAUAAAGACCGAACCACAACCUCCUGUACCAAAUACCUCUGUCACUGUCAAAUCUCUUUCAAAUGCGUCUUUUAUGAGUGAUACCAAAUCUAGUCUUAAGUGUUCAAUGAUAGUGCCAGUAUAUGUGUCUCAGCAAGAUAAUCCUAAAGAAAGGCUUGUGUAUGCUCUUCUUGACACUCAGUCAGAUACGACAUUCAUACUCGAUGAUACAUGUCAAGAACUUGGCAUUGACGGUGUAGAAACCAAGCUUUUGCUUUCUACUAUGCAUGCGGAAAACCGUACUGUCACUACAAGGCGGAUUAAGAAUUUAGUUGUGCGUGCCUUUGAUAGUGAUUUGCGUUUGGAGAUUCCUAAUGCGUAUACGCGAAACAUAAUGCCAGCCAAUCGAUCACAUAUUCCAUCACCUCAGAUAGCCAGGAAGUGGCCAUAUUUGGAACACAUUGCGGACAAAUUGAUGCCUGUAAGUGAUUGCGAAGUAGGACUUCUUAUUGGCUACGAUUGUUCAAGAGCACUCUCCCACGUGAGAUUAUUGCCCAGUUGA